GGCGGGUGCACUGCGUUGCCGAAUGCGGAAAUCCUCGAGUCCCGACGUUGCAGAACAUCUUCAACACCGAACAAGUCGAUGAUUAACCUACGAUUCACGCAUGUGAAGGGCAUCCACAUGCCACCACCGCGCUGAUAAGCGAUAGAAUCUGCUAUCCUAUCCGUGGCACUCUAGGGGUGGGCUUAUUUUUCACAUACCCCUAGAUUUCAAUUUAGGGGCAGGGUCUCGACCGCUCCUGCGGCCAUGGAGAAGGAUGAGCUGAGAGGGAGCACGUCACCAAAGGAAGAAAUGCCAAACCCUGGCCCUUCGACGGAAGUUUCUUCUGAUGUUGAGACAACCCCCGGGGCGUCGACUCCGGCUGAACAGCUCGCUCCAGUGGGCUCGUUGAAUCGCCAGAAGACGCCAGAGACUGGCCAGGUGGCCAUCGCAGACGAACGAAUCGAUGAAGAGGCCACUGACGGGACAGUCGAGCAUUGGAUGGUGGUGAUCGGGGGAUUCUGCGGUAUGUUCGCCUCUUUUGGAUGGCGAGCAGGGUCUGGAUUCUUCCAGGGAUAUUACCAACAGAAUCAGCUGCGAGACUACAGCUCCUCGACCAUUGCUUGGAUCAACAGCGUGGGCUUCUUCCUCAUGUACUUCGGUGCCUGCAUUGUCGGUCCGAUCACUCAACGUAUCGGUCCGCAGCCGCUCUUACUGAUCGGGUCGGCGAUGCACGUCGCUGGCCUUUUAGGGGCCUCAUGGUGCACAAAGUUCUACCAAUUUUUUAUUACGCAAGGUGUGAUCAGUUCGCUGGGCGCCAGCGCCGUAUUUUUCAUCAGUGUGCAGACCAUAGGCCGGUGGUUUGAGCGCCAACAAGGCCUGGCGAUGGGAAUCGCAGCCAGCGGCGUGAGUGUCGGCGGCAUCGUCUUCCCAUUGAUGAUCCAGCGCUUGAUUCCGAAAAUUGGGUUCGGCUGGACCAUGCGCAGCGUCGUCCUGGUACUGCUGGUCCUCACCGUUACCAGCAACGUGGCUUUACGAUCGCCGCCCGAGGCCGUGACCAGGCGCAGACGCAUACGCAUGGCCAUGCCCCAGGACGAGACUCGCCAGGCCGGGCUCCGGGACCGACGUCUAUUGAUGACCAUUGUUGGUACAACGCUCUUUGCGAACGGGUACUUCGUUGUGCUCACAUUCUUGACCACCGUGGCACAUAUGCGUGGCUCACUCCCAGUUAACGUCCUUUCCCGACGCCGUAAACUGACCAACGAUAGUUUCUUCGGUCGCAUCAUCCCCGGACUGAUAGCCGACCGCGUCGGCAGCUUCAACACCAUGUGCGUGCUGGGGACGUUGUCCACAGUGUUCGUUCUGGGUCUCUGGCUCCCCGACAGUGGGUUCGCCGGGUCCGUUGUCUUCUCCGUCACAUUCGGCUUCACCUCCGCGAGCACCGUGUCUCUCGGCCCGGCAAUGCUGUUCCAGAUGUCGGAAUUGCGGAGCAUCACGCGCAACCUGGCAGUGUUAUACCUGGUGCAGUCAUUUGCGGGACUCACGUCGAGUCCGAUCGGCGGGGCGCUGCUGGACGUCGGACACGAUAAGGGCGCGCUCUACCUUCAGCUGUUUUGCGGGCUGAUGACGGGCGUAGGGACCCUGAUGAUAUUACUGGCUCGGCAUUGGUUGACCCAGGGGAUGAUGCUGUGGGCGAAGAUCUAGCUAGGUAGUAGCUCCAGG